CGCCACCCAGGCCGUCCACUUCUCGUCGGGGAACCCUAGGAUCGAGGAGACUCGCGGCAUCAUGCAUUUGUACCCCGAUGACCCCUCUCCCUCCUCCGAUCUCCCGGUGGGAAGAAAGCCCCUCGUUUGUGUGUUGGCGGUUCCGAACCACAUGACUUAUGCUGAUUUUUGCCAGUUCUCUGGUUCUUUCAUUCAACACAUGCUUGAAAUGCGAAUUGUGAGGACUGAUGGGAUGGAGGAUCAAUACAGUGUUCUAAUAAGGUUUGAUGACCAAACUUACGCAGAUGCCUUUUUUAAGCAUUUCAACGGGAAGAGGUUUUCUUCUUUGGAGGUUGAUAUCUGUCGUGUUCUUUAUACCGUAGAUGUACAAUACACAGGAUCAAUAGAACGUGCUCAGGGUUCACUGGCCAGUUCAGCUGAACAGCCUUCUUGUCCAGUGUGUCUUGAGAGGCUAGACCAAGAUACCGGUGGGAUUCUCACAACAAUUUGCAAUCAUUCUUUUCAUUGUUCUUGUAUAUCGAAGUGGACAGAUUCUUCUUGUCCGGUUUGCAGGUAUUGCCAACAACAACAUGAAAAAUCUACAUGUUGUAUUUGCGGGAUUCCUGAGAACCUCUGGAUAUGUGUUAUCUGUGGUUUUGUUGGUUGUGGAAGAUACAAGGAAGGCCAUGCUAUUAGACACUGGAAAGAGACGCAACACUGCUAUUCACUUGAAUUGGAAACUCAACGCGUCUGGGACUAUGUUGGCGACAAUUAUGUUCACCGGUUAAUUCAGUCAAAAACUGACGGGAAGUUGGUAGAGUUGAACUUCCAUUGCACUUAUGCUGAUCAUACACGUGGAACUUGUGAAUGUAGUGCUGAUACUGGAAUCAAUGAGGCUCUUUUCAGCAGUAAAGUUGAUGCUAUUGUUGAAGAGUAUAAUGACCUCCUUACAUCCCAACUUGAGAACCAAAGAAAAUAUUUUGAAUCACUAUUGCAAGAAGAAAAGGAGGAAACUGAGAGAGAAUUGUCUGGAGCUAUUGAAAAGUCUGCAAGUUCAAAGCUGCAAAAGUUAAAGUCCAAGCUUGAUAAGUGUGUUGAAGAGAAAAAAUUUCUUGAUGAUAUUAAUGAAAAUCUCAUGAAAAACCAAGACAUGUGGAAAAGUAAGAUUCAGCAGAUCGAAGAAAGAGAGCAAGCUGCUGUUAGGAUGAGAGAUGAAAAGAUACAGAAAUUGGAGGAACAGCUUCAUGAUCUGAUCGCUCGCAUUGAAACUCAGAAGACAAUAGACGAGCCAGGUUCAACUUCCGGUGAUAUCAAAGGAGGCACGGCUGCACCCGGACCUCCGGCUUCUUCCCCGAGAAAAAACAGCAGCAAGCGUGCCGCUAAGAAUCGGAAAAGCUAGAAUUGUUUUUAGCUAUAAUGAGCUCCUUUGUUUGUGUAUAAUUUGUUCUCUAUUAAGAGAGCGAUUUUCUUUUCGUUGUUCAGGGUGGCAAGUAGGUGGGUUAGAGGAGGCCCUACGUGCAUCUUUUUUUACCUGCUCCUGAUGGGAUUUGUAUACGACUCGUGUUCCAAAACUUGGACCUGUCGUCUCGAAAUUGACAAGCAAAAUUAUGGGUCAGGGAUAAAACCUCGAGGGACCAUCGCCCACUGUAGCACAUACGAUUAAAAGUUGAUCGAACUAACACUUUGUUUGUUAGCUUGGGUUUUUGUGAUUUGGUACAUAAACGUUGGCCCAUGAUGAACGAGAACUCAAUUAUUGGUUUUGAGUAGA